AGCCCAAUAACUGACGGGCUUCCGGAAGCCAUAUAGGAUCUCCGUGUUUGGACCCCCCUACGGCAAGGAAUGGGCUGCAAUUCUGCUCACAGGCCCACGAACCCGAUGCUCGGUUCUGUAAGCAUUGCGCCGCCGCCGCCGUCUCUCGCCAUUCCACCAUAGUUGUGUCAUUGUGUGGCGCCCUUCUCCGGCAGACCGAUUCACUUGCGCGCAAAUGGAUCAUUCCAAGAAGCGAGCCAGCGCCACCGCCGACCUCACCGACGACCUCAUUGUCGAGAUCCUCUCGCGGCUGCCAGCCAAAUCGAUCUGCCGCUUCAAGUGCGUUUCCUGGCACUGGUACGGCCUAAUCACCAACCCCGAGCACCGCAAGAAGAUUCCCCAGACGCUGUCCGGCUUCUUCUACCGCAGCUACAAGCUCAACCAUGAGAAAGACAUGGUAAUAUUUCCAGAUUUCGUUGGCAUCAUGGGGGACGAAGAGCAGCCAUUUUCAGACCCUUCGUUGACCUUCAUCACCGGCUACAAGCUGAUUAUUCCAAAGAUCUGCUGCAAUGGCCUUCUCUUCUGCCUCUGCUGGAAAGUCUACCCAAGGGACGAAAGCGAUUAUGUUGUGUGCAAUCCUGCCACAGAGAAAUGGGUUGUCCUGCCGGAAUCAGGGGACGAAAGCAUUGCUUUGGUGUACUGUUUUGGUUUUGACCCAGCCAUCUCCCCCUACUUCUAUGUGUUCCAAAUUACAGACGAGGAUGAUGAUUAUGGAUACAUCGAUGGUGUGAAUAUCUACUCACCGGAGACAGGUGCAUGGAGUCGCAAUAAAAAUGGUUGGGGCAAUGAGCUUCACCUAGUCGAUAGAGGAGCUGUUUUUCUCAAUGGAAUGUUGCAUCUGCUGACUUAUGAUUUCAAGAUAUUGGCAGUGGACACACAGGGGAAGAGAUGGAGGACGAUUCCUUUGCUGGAAACUAUGACUGUCUCGUGCUUUUGGAAAGGUCCUGAAGCAUUUAUUGGUCAAUCUCAAGGGCUAUUGUAUUACAUAAAUAUGAGAGCUGGUGAUACCUCUAAAUUGUCAGUCUGGAUUCUUGAGGGCUAUGACAGUGGUGAAUGGAUAUUCAAGUACAGCAUUAACACUUCACAGAUUUUCGGAGAGAAGGAUCUUAUGUUUGAACGGGACUAUGCUUUGAUUGCGAUCCAUCCAGAAUGCAAUUUGAUUUACUUUGUUUGGAGGUGCGAGGACAUGCUGAUGUCAUAUGACAUGGAUCGUGGUAAAGUUUGUGUUAGCAGUCUCAAAGAGCAUCUGUAUGACCGCCCAUUUCUUCCAUAUCUUCCAUAUGUUCCAUUUCUCUCUGAUUCACUGUCUGCUACAAGGCUAGGAACAUAAUUUGGAGUGUGAAGGCCAACAAUUGUUACCUGGUUAUCCCGAAGUGACGUGGAUGCCUACAGUCAGUUGUCACCAAAUUGAACAAUGUAGUUGCAGCUUAUGUACCUCACCUGUUUGUUGGUCCUCAUUUGUGUUUAUGCUUUAAUGUAUUCUGUAUUUUAAUAUCAAGAAAUGCUGUCAGUCUUGAACUUCCUGUAGCUUAUAUUUGCAGAGGUUGCAUAUUAAGUUAGAUUUGCUUGCUUUUAACAGCUUAUAUAUUUUUUUUCAUUUGUUAGCUGUGUGCAUGCUAUAUUAGUAACAGGCACUUCUUUCUUCGUAAUUCUUCUAUUUGUUGAAUAUGUUGAAAUGUAGUGAUGUUUAGUUGUUUACUCAAAAAGCUGGAGUAAGAU